CAGCUUUAAUUGAUAGCAGCUAACGGGGAUGUCGACACAGAAGGGACUUGUGUGGUUGUCUCCGUCUCCAGGCCGGGACGUGACGACAAGGUACACACAGGUGGGAUUUAACGACCUUACUCGUGAUUAGUUUACCUUGAUAGGUCACUAUCGUCAAAUAGGACAUUUCAAUUCCACUCCGAUAGGACAAUACAAGUAUAGUACCAGUUUACCACAAUAGGAUGUUACCUGCAUAGCGCCAAGUUACCUGAAUAGGACGGUACCGCUUCAGUGUCAGUUUACCUGGAUAGGACAUUACAGGUAUAGUGCAAUAUUACCUGAAUGGGACGAUACCGGUUUAGUGCUAGUUUACCUGGAGAGGAAGGCACCUGUAUAGCGCCAAAAUACCUGUUUGGGACGAUACCGGUUUGGUACUAGUUUACCUGGAGAGGAAGGCACCUGUAUAGCGCCAAAUUACCUGUAUGGGAGGUUACGCUUUAGUGCGAGUUUACCAGCUUAGGACGGUACCGAAACAGUACUUUUACCAGUGAACCAGAAUAUUUCGGGAGAGAAAAUAUGACAUCAUAUUAGUUUCAUCAUAACACAUAACAUAAUAAUGAAAUUCAAGGAUGGAUUAUGUUGGAGUUCGUUAUCCCACUUCUUGUCGUUUCAUCAUUCAAAGAUGGAAAUAUUAUCGGUUAUCAAAUAGACGUAUAAGGAUUAUAUUUCGCUAUGAAACUGUUUCCCGUGAAACAUGAAAGAAGUGGUAGCGGUAUCGUAUAUCACAGUGACAUAUUGUUCAAGAUGAAUACAUGGAAAACCUUUGUACAUCCAUGAAAAGUGUGUAAUUAGAAAAAACAAUUGGUAAGAUAACGAGAAUACUAAAAGAAAUGACGACUUUGAUCGUAGAAUACUACAAUAUGAAGUAUAUUUCACUCAGGAUUGUACGCACAGCGGUGAUGUGCGAAACUAUCUGAAUCAUGGAAUUUAUUAAACGUGACAGAGAAACCUCAAAGAGCAAGAAAUCAGACAAAAGGGUCAAACUAAACAUUGGAGGAGAGUUAUUCGAGUCCUGGAUUUCAACUCUAGAACGAAUACCAGGGACUCGCCUGGCCCUUUUAGCACAUUUGCAGGAGGCAGACGAAUCCUGGGAUAAAGAGAGAGAUGAGUUCUUUUUUGACCGCCAUGCAGGUGCUUUCAUAUCUAUCCUCCAUUACUACCGGACUGAAGAGCUCCACGUUGACCAGCAUAUCUGUGGGAACAUCGUCCGAGGGGAGCUGGAAUUCUGGGGCCUCACAGAACUAGACAUUGAGCCAUGUUGCUGGGGCCAUUACAGCAAGUUCAAGGACCACAAAGAAACGCUAGCGGCACUGGACGACAACUUUACUACAGAGAUGGAUAUCGACGCGUGGGGGGACAAGCCGUCCAAUCUCAAUCGCUUUAAACGACAGAUGUGGCAAUUCAUGGAAGAGCCAGGAUCCACACGUGGAGCCAAGAUUUUCGCUUUCAUCUCGAUGUCCUUCGUCGUAUUGUCUAUCGGUAUUUUUACCAUGGAGACGUAUACGUGGUUCCGUGUACCUAUCACAGGGGCGGUGAAGCAAAAUUCCUCCGACCUGGCGUUGAUUAUCAACCCCACGGGGGACUAUUGCGUCAAGACUGGGGGAGGGGACGGGGUUUACAGCUUCGCCGACACGAAACCCCACCUAGUUAUGCAAGUAUUGGAUUACAUUUGUGCGGCUUAUUUCACAACAGAAUAUGUGUUCCGUUUAUUUUUUGCCCCAAGAAAGUGGGAAUUCCUCCGUCAACCUUUGAAUGUGAUCGACAUAUUGUGUUUAAUUCCGCACCUGAUCGCCAUUAUUCUUGUGACGAUCGAUCCGAACGACAGCACGAGUCAGCUCUUCAAAUCAAUGCUAGCCUUGAGGACGGUUAGAAUUCUGAGAAUUUUCAAACUGAUGAAACACUAUAGCGCAUUUAAUAUCCUCGUGUACACUAUUAAAGUCAGCACAAAAGAAUUAUUAUUGAUGGUGAUAUUUCUCUUCACCGGGGUAUUGAUCUUCGCGAGUAUGAUUUUCUAUGUUGAAAGUGAUACAUUUGAAAACAUACCCAUUGGAUUCUGGUGGGCGCUGGUAACCAUGACAACAGUCGGGUAUGGAGAUAAGGUACCAAAGACAGUAGGGGGAUAUAUUAUUGGUUGUGGAUGUGUGCUUUGUGGGGUCCUCACAGUUGCUUUCACGGUACCCAUAGUAGUGAAUAAUUUUACUUUAUAUUAUUCACAUGCACAGUCAAGAAUAAAAUUACCAGCCCAUAAAAGAAAAGAAUUGAAAAGAAAAAUAUUCAUCAAAAACCAAAAGUCUUCAAACUUUUUGGAUAAGCUUCGGAAUAGGAAGAAACGUAAAGAUGCCGAAUUCUCUGAACUACACGACGUCAGCAUAAAGAGAUCUCCACCUUGUGGCGAGGAAUCGGUAAAGUCUAACUCUACCAAUAUUGACUUAAGUGCAUCGCGGCAGACGUCACAUCUAGUUAACGAAAACAACAGGGACAUUGAAAACAGUAGGCAAGACCGGAUACACACCAUCUCGGAACAACUUGACGACGGGAGUGCAACUUCGAUUACGCCGGUAGAAAUCGAGGUGACAGAGAACGAGCAACACAAGAUCGAGACUACACAACUGCUGAAUGGCCUCAAGGAGACCAACCAACGAGUGAAAGAAGAGCGAAAGCGACAACUGGAGGUACUUUGGACUAAACGCGAGCAGAAGCUGAAACAGCAGAAGGAAAGCAGGAAAACACCACGGGCGGCUCCCGCGCCGGCGGCGAGUAGCAGACGACAUGGCGAAAAGAAGUAAAAAAGACGUGCAAAUCUGCUUUGAAAUACUCAAAGGAGAAUUGUGCUUAGGAUAUAUACAUAUCAAUUGAUAUUGUUCAAAAGUAAACUCGUAUUCGCAAGCAGUGUUGACGAGGAUUAAUAAAUUCGUAAACUUUUAAGAUUAAGUGUUCUGGAUGGAAGGAUGUUCAGUGUCCCUGGCGUUUGCAUAUUAACAUGACGUGGAAGUGCAUUGUCAAAAGCACAUUAUGUAGAUAGUUUACUUUCGAUUUAUGUGCUUGUUAAUUCACAGACGCAUGUCACGACACGUCAGCAACAGACACAUGGAACAUUUUGAAAUAUAAUUCAUUUUGAAUGGCACUUUUCCUUGAGUGUGUCAGGGUUGACAAAGGUCUGCUGUGAUAACAUUGUGAUAAGAAUGUGGGAUCAUUCGCACGUAACGAACAUGAGCACCAUUUCUCAUCACAGCAUCGAGUGUAUUAGGCAUAUACGUCAUGUAAUCACAUGGACCAGCCUUAUAACAAAGGCAUGCACAGUGUAUGUAAAGUCCACAGCAAAUUAUCACAUUCUGGUUACUGAUAACCAUCAUUCAUCUCUUCUUUUCUGGAUAAGAACAUUUGAAGAUUCAAUAAUCGUGUACUUUAUACACAUUAUUAUUAUGUACUGUAGUAACAUGAAGCCUGUCUUAUCCGAAUUCUGUAUAAUCUGGAAACCCGUAUAAACCAGUCAUUCAAAAAUAUCCGUUUUAUACAUACCUAAAUAUCUUCACUUCCACUCAAGUAAGACCCGAUAAUCUUCAAAACAUAAUAUUUUCAUCUACCUAUGAAACUAUGUAGCAUAUCGUUGAUGGUUCUGGUACGUCAGGAACAGUGGAAAUGACGUCAUAUCAACAAUCAAAAAUAAUUCCCUGAUUUUCUGUACAAUUCAAUACUGUGUAGUGCUUUGAAUCAAUUAGUGCCCAUGGGUUGACUCUUGCCAUUGUUUAGUUCAUGGAGUGAUGAAUCGGUUUGGUCUAAAUACACAUUCAACAUAUGAAUCAUCUCUCCAAAGAUCAACACUAGUCUAUCAUACCAUGGACUUAACUUAAACAAGACCAAGUCCUGUAGUAAAGUGUGAAGAAAAAGUGACAAGAAUUCAAUAUUUAGAGUUAAUUUAUGGAAAAAAUAACAAUGAUGAUGAAAAAGUAUGAUUUUUUUUACAAUCUGCUUUUAUUUUAAUGAUGUUCAUUGAAAUCAUAUGCAAUACACAUGAAUUGUCCAUUUCCUUUUAUUAGAUCUUUAACUAGACUGUGUUUUUGUUAGGCGUAUGGAACAAGCAGAAUACAUAAUCUAUUUUCUCAGAUACUACUUUAUUGAAAUUCUUAUACGGUAUAUUUUUCUUACAUAAUUAUGAACUAUGCCUUUAAUGUCCGUCCAUUGAUUAUACUGAUUAUCAUUAAUUUUUGUGUAUACCUAUUUUCGCGAUUUCGUCUUAAAUAACUUAUUUGUGAGGAUUUGGUCGUGAGAGAACCAAUAAACGAUAUAAAGUGUCUAUUCAUUGUUCAAUUUGCUUGAACAAAUACUCUUGUACACUCCUAACUUUACUAUCAAAUCCUCGUGCAAAAUAAAGUGAAGGUAUAGAUUUUGCGAAAAUUAACAGAUUUUCAGUAUAUAAAAGCUAUUAGUUGUAUAGAUUGUUAUACUUUUUCUCAAAAAUCGCUCAUGUAAAGUUUGUUUAUAUGUAUUUAUAAGAAUUGUUUUGUUAUGAGUAUACGUUAUUUAUGUACAUCGGAUUGUUAUGACCAUAAAAAGACUGUCCAUAGGUCAAUUAAUAGUUAAUGAUAGAUUAAUCAUCCAUUAAACUUCCAUUAAGGAUACAUGCUACCUUACUGUGAUAUCGCUUCUUUACAAAAGAGUUUCAAACUAAGAAACGUGUAAUCUUUCCCUAAUAUUUAGUCAUUUUGAGUUGAUUAAUUAAUUAAUUGAAAUAUGGAUUGCAAUAUCACGCUAAUUUUGUGUUCGUUAAGGGGAAAACUUUGGCAUAAAUUACAUGUAAAACAUGUACGGUACCAUAGAUCCUUAAGGGAGAUAACUCUAACACAAAUUGCAGAUGUCAUACGGUAGUGAUUAUCCUUACGGGAGUGUAUAUCUUUAAGGCAGACAACUCUAACACGGAGUACAGGUGUAAUGUGUCAGGUAGUGUAUAUCCUUAAGGGAGAUAACUCUUACACAAAGUACAUGUGAAAUGUGUCGGGAAGUGUAUAACCUUAAGGAAUAUAACCCCAACACGAAUUAUAGGUGUAAUGUGUCAGGUAGUGUAUAUCCUUAAGGGAGAUAACUCUAACAGAAGUCACAUCCCUAUUGUAGCAUGCAUCCUUAAGGACGAAAGCUCUAAAACAUUAGACAUGUGUUUUGUGUAAGAUUGUAUAUAUCGUUAAAGGAGAUAUAUCUUACACAAAUCACUGGUAUAAUGUAUUAGGUAGCAUUUACAAUUGCAUUGUUUACCGGACAAAUGAUCGAUUGUUUAUUGUUAUGUGUUUGUCUGUGUUAUCUUGCAGUUUAAUACUAGUUUUAGUAGUCUGUUUCCUUAUUGGACCUGAGUUACUUGGAACCUUAUUAAACCGGAGUUGUAUUUGCUCCAGAUAGUUCAUUUCAACCAAAGAGGUUCCAUUGUAUUACAUUUGACAUUUAUUCAUAUUUCAUUAUUUCCAUUCGCUUAAACAUUCCAAACUUUGUUUUAAAAAAAAUAUA